UCACGAAGUUGGCGUGUCGAGAACUCAAGAUCACAACAUAGUGCCUGAAUAAGUCGGAAAAUAGGUCAAGCUCAAACCAACUUUCGUCUGCUGUAUGGUUUGCCGUGAGUAGUUGAAAACAAACUUGCAGAGGCAAAACCAUAAAGAAAAAAAAAGAACCCAACAUUCAGUUUGAAGGUCUCCGUUUCACAGCAGCUUAUUAGUAAUCCAGAAGUUGUGCCGUUCGCGCUGAAAAGGUGGAGAAGCUUGACCUUGACUAGCGUUAGCGAGGGCCACUCGAUUUUCAGUAUACACGUUCACGCUGUUUGGUAACGUCUCGUGAAAUAUAAAACCAUCGAAAUUCUAAAUGAAAAUGUCUUGAUCGGCUGAAGUCAAACUCGAACGUGUUCUUGUCGAAUCACCAUGUCUUUUCGGAAAUCUUGCCUCAUUUUUUGUUCGACUGUUUUGUUGUGCUUCCUUUGUGUACAAUCCUCUAGUUCUUAUUGCCCAGAUAUUUGUCAGUGCUACAACAACUACCUGGAAGAAACAGUUUGGAAUUGCACCAAUCUUGUGUCAGUCAGUCAGCUUUGGAAUGAUGAACAUUUGCCUCUUUAUGGUGACUUCCAGCAACCUGAGUAUGUGCAACAUCUCUAUAUCCAAGAUUCAAAACUUGACUUCUCUGAAAACAUGCUUCCCCGUUUCCUCAACCUAAAGACAUUGGAGCUAUCACAUAACAUGAUUAAUUGUUCAAAACACCUGGUCUGGCUACUUCAAUUGAGUGACAAGCUGCAAGAGCCUGAAAACAUACACUGCACUUCACCCCAAACGUUUAAUGGGACUCAAGUACUGAAGGCCUUGCAGUUAAUCUAUGAUGUGGAAAGCAGGUGUCCGGAGCGCUGUGUAUGUGAAUUGGCUCAUGUUCCCAAAGAUGAUCAGUAUGUUACUGUUAGUGUCAGCUGCAAUAAUCUGGGGUUCACAGAAAUACCUAAAAUCCUGCCAGCCAAUGUGACCAUUCACAUGGACUUGAGCAACAAUCGGAUUGAAGAUGUCAGUGAGCUGGCCAAAAAUCCAAGCUACAGUAGAGUAACUGUAUUAUACUUGGCCAACAACCGUAUCCAAUCAAUAACAAGCCUGGAAAAUUCUAAUUGGAUUGAACAGUUUAGUCUGCUAAGUCUUCAAGGGAAUCUUCUACAAGAGAUUCCUACCCAAGCACUAAAUAAUGUAUUUCAUAACCAAGACAUUAAUGGAGUUCGGAUGCUUCUGAGCAAUAAUCCGUGGAAAUGCGACUGCGUUACCAUAACCCGUUUUCAGCCGUUUAUCGCCAAACACAAGCAGCUGAUCAAAGACGUUAGCAAUGUCACGUGUGGCCCAGAAGAAGGAGAAAGCGCUGGCAAAAAAAUAAUUUCAGUGGAGCUGAACAGUGUUUGUAACACCGGUGGAAACAACGCCAUAAAUCUGAUGGACGUGUUAAACGUAAUCUUGGCUCUUUUAACCCUGGUUACUAUCGGAAAACUUCUUUACGAUUACUACGCUUACCGCAAAACAGGUCAAUUGCCAUGGAUUGCUAGCAAAUUGCCCUGAGUAUGAUCAGUCCUUUAAGCAGUGUAAAAAAAAAAUCUGGUCUAUCUAAAAUAUUAGUUUAUAUCAUUACUUUUUAAGCGUCUCCAUUUCGUGCUCUAACACGAUUAUAAAUUUAUAUGUUCGACAUUAUGGUACAAAUUACUAAGUUUUCUCUUCUUUUCUACGCAAUUUUGCAGCGUUUUGUUAUUUGUUGCUCCAACGCGCUUGUAACGGUAUUCAAGUAUCUGUGUCAAUCUAAUCGUUGCCUCAUCUCUUUCUUGUCAAUCAAAAUUGAAGAAAACUCAUGAAAUAAUACAGAUUAGUCAGGUUA